AUGCCGAGCAACGACGGCCAUAGUCCAGAUUUGGAUGAGGGGCCGCGACCGGACCCCAACUUCAAGUUUGGCGUCACGACGCCUUAUGUUGGCACUGGGCCAGGCGCCGCAUUCUUCGACACACAUGACCAGCUCCCAUCUGCGAUCGAACCUUCGAGCCAGCGCCCAGCACGAGGGUUCCAGCCGCGACGAAAGGAUUCCUCCAUCUCUGGUGCAGGAUCAGAUAGUGGUUCAUCGACGACCAACCUCGCCAGGUUCCUACCGAAGAAGACGCGCGACGCCACCCUCCGUCCGACCACCACGGAAACUGUAGUCACCGAUACAGAUCGUACGCUCAUUCAUCCCGACUUGGAUGAUGAGCGAGCGCCUACGCCGAACGGGACCCAGCCUGUCGGUGUGGCAGAUGCGCGCAUGCGACGGUUGUUGCAUGAACUCGACUCGAUUGGUAUUCCAGACGAGAUGACAAUGGUUCGUCCGUCGCUUGAUAUGGACGAACGCGCUGCCGGUUCGUCGGUUGGACAUGGAUCACCGCCAAUGCCUCCUGUCGCCAUGGGCAAGUCUCUGCGUCAUAUACCCCCGCCGCCUGGAAAGGCACCUCCAUCGAACCUACUAGGCCGAGCAGAAGACGUGGACCGUGCUGCGCAAACGAGACGAUGGGCAAAUCACACCCCCAACGGGUCACUCACCGGGAGAGGAUACGGUGUGCCGCCCAGCAGGACUCUCAACCAUCCGGAUGCGCCCGAGAGUGCCUCGCCUAUUACUGAUGUCGACGACAUGAAUGCUUCGAGUCCUUACAAUGCCCGUCCAGAUGCCAGCCCGCUCAUGUCGGCAAACACUGCAUUCUCUCGGAGUCCAACUAGUCAAGGUACAGCGAGUCCGUCUGUUCACCCUAGUCAGCUUCAGCAAUUACCGGCACAACAACUUUCACCGCAGCAACGCGGUGUAUACCAGCCCGUGCACUCUACCCCUCUUAAUAGCGCCGCAUUCCCUAUGCCUCCUCGUGGAGCAACGUCCGCCUCUCCACAACAGCAACAUGUCCCGCUCGUUUCGAGGACGCCGCGCAGGCCUGGCACGGCAGGAAACGAUCCACCGGUGGCCUUUUACAACAACCCUGGAGGUGCGAAUCGAGCUCGAUACGGUAGCGACCAGAACCUUCGUGAACGGUAUCUCGCCAAUCCACCACAAGCUGCACCUUCGAUUGCUGGUUCACAAACCUCUCAAUCCGGCCUCUCACCCAUCUCGCCACUCUCCGCUCCAGCCUUGACAAUGUCUUCAUCUGGUUCUCGCACCAAUUCCACGAUCAGUGGCGUAUUGGAGACACCCGUCGAACCACCUGUUGGCCCGCCGCAACCUUCUUCAACUAUCACCCUGGACCCGAUCAAGGAGAAGCAGUCGCUCGAAUUGACGAAACUUCAAGAUCUCAAACCACCCACCGCAGAAGAGAAGCAAGGACUUGAUACCCCAAUCUCUGCGGGAUCUGGGACCCGUCGAGGAUCUCUAGACUCUGGAAUGCUCCUCAAGUCUCCGCCUUCUGCUUCCCAAGAAAAGGCACGGGAGAGUGGUGCGAGAAGCCCAAUCAUUGAAGCCAUGAACAGCGGAGCGAUUCUACAUAAUCCUUUUCUCGGCGGAGGAUUCGGUGGUGGACUCAGCUUUGGUGGCGUGGGAUUUGCGGUCAAAGAUAAGGAUCCGCCUCCUUAUCGUAUGCAUUCGCCUCCUUCCUCUGGACCGUCAAACGGGCGAACCAAUUCGCUCAGGGCGGCCUCUGUUGGUGGCAAAAGCGAUGGUAGUGGCACAAGUUCCUUUGGUGAAGGUGUAUCGGCGUCGAGAAUGGACCACGGCGCGGGUACGAGCAGGAAACCCACGCCGGCAGUGGCAUUGGCGACUGCGUUUGUGAGAGAUGGUGUUCCUGGAUUAAGUGCGAUGCCAGCGUCCGGUUCGGGCAUGUCAAAGGCUGAAAAGGCUGCCGAAAAGGCACGCCAGAAAGCGGAAAAGGCUGCGCUGAAAGCGGAAGAGGCGCGCAUCCGCGUGGAAGAGGAAAAAGAGGCCAAAAAGGCUGCCGAAGAAAUGAAGAAGAGGAGGAAGCAGGAAAAGACCAUCAAGCGCCUCCAGGUCGGAGAAAUGGGCGUUUAUGGCAUUAACGGGAUGGUGAGAUUCAACAACCUCUGA